CGUUCCGGAAGUUAAAGUGUUGUUUCGCGCAGCUUGUUUUCUGUGCUGUGUUUUGUUAGUUUUUAUUUCCUUUUUAUAAUGUGAUAUUAUCGCCGCGAUAUUUAGUAGAUGUUGCCAAAAACCCGCGUUUCGUCCUGAAGAUUUUUUGAGUGGUUCUGCACUUAAUGAGUGUGCACCCUGGGUGACAGUCCUGAUUCCUCAUUCGUCUGGUUGGCCAGUCUUACUCCUGAACUCCCAGAAUCCCCUACUGCAGCCUGUAGGAACAUGGUGUCAAAAAUAAAGCAGAGGAGAGAGGAGGAACCACCACAAGUCAUCAUGGAAACCAGCCAGACGAAGAGGAGGAUGGGUGAGGUGGGCGUUGCCAUGGAUACAGCGGAAUGUAGUAACAGUGAAACUGCACAGGUUACCAUGGAAACUAGAAGCAGUUUAAUGGUGAAGGGAGUUAAGAGGAAAAGGAGAAAGCAGAUGGAGCUGGAGGUGGCAGGAGCAGCAAAGGAGAACACGCAGCAAGUCACCAUGGAAACCAGUCAGACAGGAAAGAAAAAAAAACAAAAGAAGCUGAGGGAAAACGGCAUUGCCAUGGUUACAGCAGACCAUAGUAACAAUGGAAGAGAGUUUUUGGUUACUAUAGAAACUCCGGACAAUUGCAUGACUAAAAAAAACAAAAAGAAGAGAAAAAAGAUGCACGUGGAGGUGGGUGGAGUAACAGACGUCACCGCCCAGACAGAAAAAACAAAGGACAAGACAAGAUGGAGGGAGGUGGACGUCGCCAUGGAUACAGUGGAAUGUAGUAACAGUGAACCUGCACAGGUUACCAUGGAAACUAGAAGCAGUUUAAUGGUGAAGGGAGUUAAGAGGAAAAGGAGAAAGCAGAUGGAGCUGGAGGUGGCAGGAGCAGCAAAGGAGAACACGCAGCAAGUCACCAUGGAAACCAGUCAGACAGGAAAGAAAAAAAAACAAAAGAAGCUGAGGGAAAAGGGCAUUGCCAUGGUUACAGCAGACCAUAGUAACAAUGAAAGAGAGUUUUUGGGUACUAUAGAAACUCCAGACAAUUGCAUGACUAAAAAAGACAAAAAGAAGAGAAAAAAGAUGCAUGUGGAGGUGGGUGGAGUAACAGACGUCACCGCCCAGACAGAAAAAACAAAGGACAAGACAAGAUGGAGGGAGGUGGGCAUCGCCAUGGAUACAAUACAUCAUGUUCAAGCAGAAAUGCACCAGGCGGGUACCUUGGGAAAUGAUGAUACUGACAGAGAGAGAGAAGAACAUGGGUGUGAGAUGAGAGGAGCAACAGCAGGACAGAGGCAUGUCGCCAUCGGAACAAAUGAGAUGGGAAAGAAAAGGAAAAAAGGAAAGCGUACGCAAAGGGAGGCAGGAAUCACCAUGGUUACAGCAGAGUCCAGUGUGGAGGAACCAGGAGUCUCAGUUGACACACAGACUAUUAUCACCCAUACGGAGAGGAAAGUCAGGGAAAUGGAGGAAGAAGUAACUAAAACUAAGGAUGAGAAGAAUGACAGUAAUGGAAGAAAAGAGGAAAGGAGGAAGGAAGGAAAAAGUACACAUAACGAGGAGAAUGAAAGUAGUAGAAGGAAAGAAAGGGGGGAGAAUGAAGGAGGAAGAAUGAGAACAAAGGGGAGGGGCCAAGCUUCACUGGAAGGAAUGGAUGGGCUGGACUGGACGGAGGUCAAAGAGCUGCAGGAAUUUAUUCCAGAUGUGAUGAACAGAUCAGAGGAGGAGAUCAAAACACUGCUGCGGUAUGACCUCCAGCGCUUCAGGUUCUUCAAAAAGCAAGGUGUGUCACUGCGGCGUGGACGUUUCUCUGAGCAGGAAAAUCAGCAAAUCAGACAGAAUGUUGCUGACUUCCUGAUUCUGACGGGCAUCAGCUCAGCCAAUCAUCUGCUCUUCGCACGGAGGUUUAAGGAGCAGGAGGCUGAGAUCCGGAGGCUGAGAGUCCAGCACCGCUUCCUGCUCAGAAUUGCUGAGGGAAUCCCCAGGACAUGCCAUCAGGUUUUCACAAGAACCAAGAAGAUGUUUGACGAGAAGAACUAUGUGGGAAGGUUCUCAAAGAAGGAGGUCCGGUCUCUCAUAAAGUUGCAGACGCUCCAUGGUAAUGACUGGAAGACCAUCGCUACAAAAAUGGAUCGCAGCGUGGCAUCUCUGGAGAAACGCUUUGCUGCCAUCGCUACAGGACGGGGGACCUGGAUUCCAGAGGAGACGUCCAGGCUGAAGGCAGCUGUGAGAGCCCAUCUGGAGACUCUGGUCCACCAUGGACGGGGUCUGUCCCAGGAUCAGCUCUGCAACAACCUGCCCUGGAAGCAGAUCAGCCAGCAGGUCGGAACCAGGUCCUGGGUCCAGUGCCGACUCAAAUGGUUCUCCCUUUUGAAGUCUAAGCUGGCAGCAGAUCAGUGUGGGACCUUCACACGAGGACAAGAUGGUCUUCAGGCCAAAAUUGACCUCAUCCACACGUUGUACAGCAUGAACGUAGACGACGUUGCAGACAUCGACUGGAACCAGGUUGUCCAGCAGAUCGGGAAUACGACCCCCACGUGUGUCCAGAAAGCUUUUCACAGGACUGAAGGUUUCCAAAGUUCCCAACUGGACUCAUCUGUCUACAGGACAUCAUAGACUUCCUGCAGCAGAAGGUGGUUCCUGGGCUGAAGGAGAAGCUGCAGCGAGCAGAUGGACAGUUCCAGCAGGAGCCCCGGCAGGAAGGCGUACACUUCCUGUCUGACAUUUUCUCCACAGACGACGAGGAAGACAGUUUGCUUCAUCGUUGAUCCGUAUGGA